UGAGUUACUACAUACAAGUGAGCCACUUUUUGAUUGAUUUUGAUCGUGCAAGCACCAGUCUGAAUGCCCGUUCCAGUAUCUUAUGGGACAAACCGUGAAUAUAAAGCAAGCUGCACAGUCGGAUUUAUGACGAAAAUUUCUUUAUCUACCUGCUACUCUUCAUAAUUGCAAAUUCGUGCUGGCUUUGCCGCAUUUGACUCUUGAUUGCUGGAGAGCAUCCGGGAACCGGAGAUCGUCGUUGAUCGUGGGGUGAAUCGACUUGGGUCCCAACCUGAACGUUAACACCAACCCUUGCCAUCACCGAAGCCUUCAAUCUCAAACAUGUUGGCCACACCCGCGAAGGCAACUCGUUUUCUCAAGCGUCUCGUACGAUCAGCUAGCUUGAGAAAUCCAGCCAAAAAGCCUGUGAUAUGGUUCAUUGUAUUCUUCUACGUCUGCUUAGCCGCAUUCAUCAUCACACUCACUCCAGGUCGCAUUGCUCAAUUCGUGUAUGAUGCCGGCCAACACUUCCGACAUCUUCCAUAUGGGUACAUGAUUCUUAUCCUUGUUAUGAUUGUCGCAUCCUUCCCCCCUUUCAUUGGACAUGGCAUACUCCUUUACUUGUUCGGUUUCACAUACGGUAUACGGGGCGUCAUCCCCGCGGUAAUUGGAACACUGGCAGCAUCCGUUAUAGUUUUUGUCACCCUUCGGAUGAUGUUCAGCAAGAGGCAGCGUUUGUGGACCCCCACUCACGAGAAAUGGCAAGCUCUGGAAGUUGUCAUACGAUCAAGAGGUAUGCCCUUGAUCAUACUCAUCCGUAUGUCUUCACUUGUGCCCUGGGCUUGGUCAAACUCGCUAUUCGCAAGCAUAUCGUCGGUAUCGUUGCUCCAGUUCUUCAUAGCGACUUGUUUUGUCGUCCCAAGGGUCGUGAUACAAGUGUUCAUCGGAUCUCGUGUUGCCAGACUCUCAAACAGCAAACUGAGAAAUCGCAACGUUGCCCGUAAGAACUCAUGACAUGCCGUUCUGCUCUCAUUGAUUCACGGCGCGCAGAAGCAAGGUUUUUCAACAGCCUUCUCAUUGUCGGUAGUAUUCUGUCAACUGCUUUAGCCAGCUCAAGGAGAUCAAACAUUUACGUGU